AUAGAAGAAAUUUUUAAUUUUUCCAUCGUUUGCUGUGCAAAUGAAAGAAAUAGAAGAAAUUCUCUUCUUUUCUUUUGUUCUCUCCGCUUUCCUCAAAACAAACAAAGCGUAAAACAAAGACACACAGCUGGGAAACCUUAUUUCAGCCUGCUCUCCCUCCCACCACCGCCACAAUCCAACACCGGCGGUCAUGGCCGCUUCCUCCGCCGGUAAUUCUGCAACACCUUUUCAGUUCUCUUCAGAUUCAGCUCCGCCGAGACUCUCUCUCACUUCCGAUCAACUCAAUUAUUGCUCAGAAGCUCUCCAAUUUCUCAAACACAAGCUCCGUUCUCCUGAUAUUAUCACUCAAGAAUUUGCUCGUUUGCAGGCCAGCAGGCUAACGCCGUCUCAGGUGGCUAGAAGCUGCAAGGUGGCUCUUGAUGGUGUCAACACGAGCAAGAACCGCUAUCUGGAUGUGAUACCUUUUGACGAAAACAGGGUUGUUCUAAAUCCGUGCAAGGAUUAUAGAUCGUCUGCUAAGGGAUAUAUCAAUGCAAGCUUUAUCACGACUUCUUCAUCAGAAAACAUUUCUCGGUUUAUAGCUACACAAGGUCCACUACCACAUACCUACGAGGAUUUCUGGGAGAUGGUAAUCCAAUGCCAUUGUCCUGUCAUUGUCAUGCUUACUCGGUUAGUUGACAAUUACAAGAUUGUAAAAUGUGGAGAUUACUUUCAAGCAGAAGAUGGUCCUAGACAUGUUGGAAAUAUAUGUAUCGAAACUAAAUGGAUGACAACCACUGACACUUCUAUAAUUUUGCGCAGCUUGGAAGUGGGUAAUGAUUCAGAGGAGCCACCCAUGUCUGUCUUGCACAUUCAGUACCCUGAAUGGCCUGAUCAUGGGGUUCCCAAGGACACACUUGCAGUGCGUGAAAUAUUCAAAAGAAUACACCAAAUGCCACCUAAUCUUGGACCAAUUGUGGUCCACUGCAGUGCAGGUAUUGGUAGAACUGGAACAUACUGUGCUAUUCAUAAUACAAUCCAGAGAAUCCUUGUUGGAGACAUGUCUGCUUUAGAUCUCGCCAAUACCGUAGCCAUAUUUAGGUCUCAGCGUGUUGGGAUGGUCCAAACUAUGGAUCAAUAUUUUUUCUGCUAUAAAGCUAUCAUCGAUGAAUUAGAAGACCUUAUCUCAGGACCAGUUGAAGGAGCUUAGAAAUGGCAGGGUAGAUUUGAGAAAACAGUCAAAGUCCUUGGCAGUUGAGAUGAUUCAGCUUUUUUUUUCUUACAAGAUUAUGCUUCAUAUGUUGUGGGUUGCUUGUUUAGUGAAUGGCGUCAGUGUGAAUUCAGUUGAUGCUUCUCAUCUCUUUUCUGGUUGCAUGUGGUAGAAAAAUACACUGGAUUAAAUGAGAAAGAUUCAGCUGCUUGCUUGUUCUCAGAAACAGGAGAAAAGCAAAAUAAGGUGGUACUUUGAUGUAUCUGUUGCACUCCUACAGCUGGCAAAUGCAAUUUUAUCAUUCUUGUGAAACUAAGAAUACUCGCAUUUCUUUGAAUAACCAAUUCUGUAUUCACGAUCAUUGGAUUCGAUCAUUUCUAAUGGACAUUGCUGGGAAGAUGCUCAAGAUGCUCUUCGUAGUUUAAA